AUGACGAAAAUUCACCCCGAGUCCCUCGAGGACUUCGAGUACAUCGAAACCCCUCCUGCUGCUUGCACGACCCCCGCAGAUGACUGUGGUGUGCGGACGACAUCGUAUCCAGCUAUCAAAAAUGCCCCCCUCCCGGCAGACGCUGCUGGCAGCGAUAGUUUCUCCAACAUCCUGCUCUUCUCGCUGCUCCUGUUUGUCCCGUGGUACUUGGCUCGCCAGAUCGGUGGUGGUUUCUACACCACUAUCUUCUUUGCUGUCUUCACAACCGUCCCCAUCCUGAUGGCCUUUUGGUCUGUGGCUUCUUCCAUCUCUCCUCGUAAGAACGAGAAGGCCAAGUAUGCCGGUCGUCCCGUCGAGCACUACCUCCAUUUCCACAAUGAGCACGACCGUGCCACCUACCGUGGAAAGAGCAAGAUCCCCAUGGAGGUCUUCUAUGAGAAGUACUUCAAUGGCGAGGUUGAUUUCAAGGGCGAUGCUCUUGAGGCUUUGGAAUUCAGACACGACUGGGCCAACUUCCGCUUCACCAUGGGUCUCUACAAGCACUUCCUCUUCGGAUUCGUCCCCGAGUUGCUGGUCCACUCUCGCUCUCAAGAUGAGGAACAGGUGCGCGACCACUAUGACCGCGGCGACGACUUCUACGCUUGGUUCUUGGGCCCUCGCAUGAUCUACACCUCUGGCAUCAUCAGUGACAUCAACCGGGAAGAGACUCUGGAAGAGCUCCAGGAUAACAAGCUGGCCGUUGUCUGCGAGAAGAUCAAUGUCAAGCCCGGUGAUACCGUUCUCGAUUUGGGCUGUGGCUGGGGUACUCUGGCCAAAUUUGCCUCGGUUCACUACGGCGCUCAGGUCACUGGUAUCACUCUCGGUCGUAACCAGACUGCCUGGGGUAACAAGGGUCUCCGCAACGCUGGCAUCCCUGAGACCCAGAGCCGCAUUCACUGCUUGGACUACCGUGAUGCUCCCCGUGUCGAUGGCGGCUACAAGAAGAUCACCUGUCUCGAAAUGGCUGAGCACGUCGGUGUGCGCCACUUCAGCUCCUUCCUGUCCCAGGUCCACGACAUGCUUGACGACGAUGGUGUUUUCUUCCUCCAGAUCGCCGGUCUCCGUAAGUCUUGGCAGUACGAGGAUCUCAUCUGGGGUCUCUUCAUGAACAAGUACAUCUUCCCCGGUGCCGACGCUAGCACCCCGCUUGGAUUCGUCGUCGACAGACUGGAGGGCGCUGGUUUCGAGAUCAAGAGCGUUGACACUGUUGGUGUCCACUACUCCGCUACUUUGUGGCGCUGGUACCGCAACUGGAUGGGUAACCGUGACAAGGUCGAGGCCAAGUACGGCAAGAGAUGGUUCAGAAUCUGGGAGUACUUCCUGGCUUACUCUACCAUCAUCUCCCGCCAGGGUAGCGCUACUUGCUGGCAGCUCACUGUCGUCAAGAACAUCAAUUCGACCCACCGCAUUGAGGGAAUUGACUCCCAGUAUGGUCUCAGCGGCGCUCGCCAGGCUGCGAUCACCAACGUGGGCCAUGGCACUCUCCCCAGUGCCCAUGUCCCUACGGUCAGCAAGGAGUAA